GAAUUCCAUGUAUAACCCUUUAUGGAAAGUUUUCUACAGGGAACAUAAAAAUGUUCUACCUGGAACAAAAAGGGUUCUACCUGGAAUCAAAAAGGGUUCUCAUGUUGGGGACAGCCGAAGAACCCUUUCGGUUCUAGAUAGCACCUUUUUUUCUAGAGUGUACAACCAAACCUCAGAGUCUAAAAUUACCAGCAUAAAACAAAAGUUCACUAUAAUACUUUCAAGGUACCUCCUUCUAAGGGAGGUGGAGGAAUGCAGCAGCAGCACUAUAGGCUAUUGUACAUCAGGACAAUACAUUCAUCUUCAAGAGACUCAGAGAAGAAACACCAAAGAGCUAAUUGAUCAUUAAUUAUACCUGACAAGGAUAUGGAGCCAACAACAGAUUAUAACUAUUCUGCCUACUACGAUGAUACAGAAGGAUUAGGUACAUCAGAGGGCCAGCCAUGCAACAAUGCCAAUGUGAAGGAGUUUGGACGGGUGUUUCUGCCUACAUUCUACAGCCUGGUCUUCAUCAUGGGCGUCAUCGGUAACGGCCUGGUGGUCUAUGUCCUGGUGAAGUUUAGGAGGACCAGAAGCAUGACAGACCUCUGUCUCCUCAAUCUGGCACUCUCUGACCUUUUCUUCGUUAUCUCCCUGCCUUUCUGGUCCCACUAUGCCACCGCAGCCGAGUGGCUCCUGGGGGACUUUAUGUGCCGACUGGUAACCGGACUGUACAUGCUGGGGUUUUAUGGCAGCAUCUUCUUCAUGGUGAUCUUGACAGUGGAUCGCUAUGUGGUCAUAGUCCACUCUCACAAAAUGGCCAGGCUCAGAUCUGUCAGAGUAGGGGUCACUCUGUCUCUGCUCAUGUGGGCUCUCAGUCUCUGUGCCUCUCUGCCUACAAUCAUCUUCACAAAAGUAAAUAAUGAGUCUGGGCUUACAACAUGUAAACCAGAGUAUCCAGACGGUAGCAUGUGGCGCCAGUUUUCUUAUUUAGAGAUGAAUGUCUUGGGUCUACUUCUCCCUCUCUCCGUCAUGGUGAUCUGCUAUUGCAGAAUCGUUCCGAUGUUAGUCAAUAUCAAAACCACCAAAAAGCACAAAGCCAUCAAACUGAUAAUCAUCAUAGUAGUGGUCUUUUUCUGCUUUUGGACCCCAUACAAUGUGGUCAUUCUCCUGCGUUUUCUGGAGGAACAAAGCUAUUUUGGGGACUGUACAACUCACAAGAACAUAGACCUGGCAAUGCAGUGGACAGAGGUGAUAGCGUUCACACACUGUUGUUUGAAUCCGAUCAUCUAUGCCUUUGUAGGGCAGAAAUUCAUGAGUCUUGUCCUGAAGUUACUAAGAAAAUGGAUGCCAAUGUGCUUCGCCAAGCCUAAUAUUAGUGAGUUGUCUGAACGAAAAAGCUCAGUCUAUUCCAGGUCUUCUGAAAUAACAUCUACAAGAUUGAUGUAGAUUGACUUGUAUACAAGCACAAUUCAAAUAUACAAACUUUGAGAAGGGAAAAGACAGUAAAAGAUGUAAGGAAAAACUACAAACAAAUGUAAAGGAGCAUUUCUUUGAAAGUGUGGCCAUCCUAGCUGUGAAUCUAUGCUUACAGUAGAUACAGUAGUUAUCAGUUGCUCUUUUGUAUCUUUACAUGCUCCAAUUCCUUUGUUGAUAGAUACCUUUAAAGAGUGUUAGUUGAGUCCUCAUGUGGUAUUGUGUGAAGUGUGAAAAAAGUAAAACAAAUGGACAGUAUGUACAGUGCAUUCAGAAAGUAUUCAGACCCCUUUCCUUUCCUUAUUUACAUAAGUAGUCAGACCUUUUGCUCGAAAUUGAGCUCAGGUGCAUCCUGUUUCCGUUGAUCAUCCUUGAGAUAGUUAGACAAUAGCCAGGUCGCAAUUGUAAAUGAGAACGUGUUCUCAACUUGCCAACCUGGUUAAAUAAAGGUGAAAUAAAUCAAAUCAAAUAAAAUAUGUUUCUACAUCUUGGUUGGAGUCCCCCUGUGGUAAAUUCAAUUGAUACGACAUGAUUUGGAAAGGCACACACUUGUCUAUAUAAGGUCCCACAGUUGACAGUGCAUGUCAGAGCAAAAACCAAGCCAUGAGGUCGGACAGGAUUGUGCCAAGGUACAGAUCUGGGGAAGGGUACCAAAACAGUUCUGCAACAUUGAAGGUUCCCCAAGAAUACAGUGGCUCCAUCAUUCUUCAAUAGAAGAACUUUGGAACCACCAAGACUCUUCCUAGAGCUGGCCGCCUGGCCAAACUGAGCAAUCGAGGGAGAAGGGCCUUGGUCAGAGAGGUGACCAAGAACCCGAUUGUCACUCUGACAGAGCUCCAGAGUUCCUAUGUGGAGAUGGAAGAACCUUCCAGAAGGACAACCAUCUCUACAGCACUCUGCCAAUCAGGCCUUUAUGCUAGAGUGGCCAGACAGAAGCCACUCCUCAGUAAAAGGCACAUGACAGACUCUCAGACCAUGAGAAACAACAUUCUCUGGUCUGAUGAAUCCAAGAUUGAAUUCUUUGAUCUGAAUGCCAAGCGUCACGUCUGGAGGAAACCUGGCACCAUUCCUACAGUGAAACAUGGUAGUGGCGGGAUCAUGCAGUGGGGAUGUUUUUCAGUGGCAGAGACUGGGAGACUGGUCAGGAUCAAGGGAAAGAUGAACGGAGUACAGAGAGAUCCUUGAUGAGAACCUGCUCCAGAGCACUCAGGACCACAGAUUGGGGCAAAGGUUCACCUUCCACCUGGACAACAACCCCAAGUACACAGCCAAGAAAAUGCAGGCGUGGCUUCAGGACAAGUCUCUGAAUGUCCUUCAGUGGCCCAGCCAGAACCCGGACUUGAACCCAAUUGAACAUCUCUGGAUAGACCUGAAAAUAGCUAUGCAGCAACGCUCCACAUCCAACUUGACAGAGUUUGAGAGGAUCUUCAGAGAAGAAUGAGAAAAACUCCCCUAAUACAGGUGUGCCAAGCUUAUAUCGUCAUACCCAAGAAGACUCUAGGCUGUAAUCGCUGUCAAAGCUUCUUCAACAAAGUACUGAGUAAAGGGUCUGAAUACUUAUGUAAAUGUGAUAUUUCAUUUCUUUUAUUAUUUUAUUGCAAUAAAAAGCAGUUUUUGCUUUGUCUUCAUUGGGUAUUGUGUGUAGAUUGAUGAGGGGGAAAAACUAUUGAAUCAAUUUUAGAAUUAGAAUAAAAUUUGGAAAAAGUCAAGGCGUCUGAAUACUUUCCAAAUGCACUGUACAUAUAGAUAGUUAUAUUUGUAUAUUACAGGGUUUUUUCAUCUAAGAAUGUGACAAAAACCUGACUGGGGUAUCUGCUUUUUAACAAGCUAACCACAAAGCUGCGUUUUUUUUGGGGGGGGGGACUAAAAAGUGUCACUACACUGCUGUCUGUUUAAAAAAUGUAUACAAAUAAAAAAGCUGAGACUGCUGGUUUGUAAAUAGACAACACAAUAGUAUGGGGCAUGAAACCACUGCCACUUUACAAUGUUAUGUUACGUGCUAUAUAGCGUAUACAUGACUGUACAGGAUUUGUGAUUACCUUGUCUUCAUUUUUUUCAAUAACAAGUUUCUUUUUUAUUUCAAACCACACUUUUGACAGUUUGUUAAUGGUAUACGGUUUUCUGUAUGUAACGGGCAUUUAGAAAAUAUCAAUAAAGUCUUGUUUGGUGACAUUU